UUUCUUGUCCUUCGUUCUUUCUCUUCUUUCCCGUCGCAGCCAUGAAGCGGUCUUCGGAUGUGUCCUCCUCAAGGAGAAAGUGCCGCAAGGCCCAUUUCUCUGCUCCAUCCAGCGUGAGGAGAAAGCUGAUGAGUGCACCUCUGUCCAAGGAGCUUCGUCAAAAAUACAACGUUCGUUCCAUGCCCAUUCGUAAGGAUGAUGAGGUGGUUGUAACCCGUGGCCAUUACAAGGGAACCCAGGUCGGCAAGGUAAUCACAGUUUACCGUAAGCGCUUUGUCGUCCACAUUGAACGGAUUCAGCGCGACAAGGCCACUGGUGCUACCGUAAAUGUUGGAAUUCACCCGUCCAAGGUCGAGAUCGUAAAAUUGAAGUUGGACAGAGAUCGCAAGUCUAUCCUGGACCGUAAGAACCGAAACAAGAUGGACGACAAGAACAAGGGCAAGGUCCAAGAGGAGGAGGUUCAGGCUAUGGAAGUGACUGCAUAAAUUUCUUUGCCACCAACUCUUCAGUCAUAUGUACAGUAACAUCCUUUUGUACGACAA